AUGAGCGGAUAUAAAAUUCUUGGAAGAACAUUUCAACCACAGACCUUAGCUAUUGCAACUUUGCUAGGUGUGGGUUCAGUUGCUGUAUUUUUUUCAAGGAAAUCUCCGUCAGCAGCUGGGACGCAUGGUGAACAACCUUCGAAGUCUAAGGUUGCAGAUAGUGACACCGAUAUUGAUGUUGAAAAACUACUGAAGAACAUAAUCAAUGAAGAUUCAACCGAAAAGAAGGUGUGA